AUGGCGAUUGAUUUGGAUGAAGAAAGGAGAGAAAAGCAAAAGGAAGCUAAGGAGGACGAAGAAGAUGAGAAAUCUUUCUUAGAGCGAAAGAAAAAGGAGCUCCAACAAAAGCGAAUUGCAAUUGAAUAUGAUUGGCUUGAUCCUAACAAACCAGCCCCUCCAGUCAAACAAUACGUUCCUCCUAUUCCAUUCUCUCAAAGGCUUCACAAGAACAAGAUGGAUAGUAAGUUCUCUAAUUUCUUAAAUGUUUUUAAGAAAUUACAAAUCAACAUUCCUUUUGUAGAAGCCUUAGAACAGAUGCCGGGAUAUGCAAAGUUCAUAAAGGAUAUCUUGUCCAAGAAGAAGAAGUGGGUUGAGCAUGAGACUGUCCAAUUGACUGAGGAAUGCAGUGCUAUUUUGCAACGAAAGUUACCAAUCAAACGCCAAGAUCCAGAGAGUUUUACUAUACCUUGCAUUAUUGGAACUAUUUUGUUUGAUAAAGCUCUUUGUGAUCUAGGAUAUAGCGUUAAUUUGAUGACAUUUUCUAUUGCCAAACACCUUGGGUUGGGUGAGGUAGCCUCAACUAAUGUUUCGUUGCAGAUGGCAGAUAGGUCUAUUACUUACCCUUAUGGCAUAAUUGAAGAUGUUUUAGUAAAGGUAGACAAAUUGGUAUUCCCUGCAGAUUUUAUCGUAUUGGACAUGGAAGAGGAUGUCGACACACCAAUUAUUUUGGGUCGACCAUUCCUUGCAACUGGGAGGACCUUGAUUGAUGUGGAACAAGGAAUGUUUUAUGUUUUGGGUGAUUUUUACACUGUGGUUAUCACUUGA